AUGACCUCAGAUCCUUGUGCAGCGUGCAGCUGGACCUCUGAACGCCAAAAGCAUUGUAACUACGAAAGCUACGUCAAACUGUUCUAUGAAGCAGGCGAUAGAGGUGUCUGGUCAUUGGGCUCAAAUUUGAUCCUGAAAGAUCGAGGUGCUGGCCUUCCGACCUUUGAGGUACCGAAUAUUCAAUUUGUGCAGGCACAGACGUCUAUCCCUGUUCCCGCCGUUGUGGAAUCUUGGGAGGAAGGCGAACACACCCUCAUACUAAUGCGACGCAUUCCUGGCGAGCCCCUCAGCAAAGCUUGGCCCAAGCUUUCUACCGAUCAAAAAGAGAGGAUAGCAAAGCAGACCGCUGAGUAUCUACAACAACUUCGCAAGCUCCAGUCUGAUAACAUCCAAACUCUCGGCGGCCGUCCAGUUUUUUCCAACUUCCUGUUCAAAGAUAAGGUUUCCGAGCUUCCCCACGGCCCUUUAGCAACUGAUGACGAACUCUGGGAUGAUAUGAAACGUGGGUUCAAAGAGACGGUACCUGAGGCUGCGCGAAUACGACUUCGACAUUGUAUGCCAUCCGCUACGCCUUACACCUUCGCGCACGGUGACAUCACUAAUGUCAAUAUCAUGGUUGAGAACGGCUCCCUUACUGGCAUAAUUGAUUGGGAGAUGUCUGGGUACUUUCCAGUAUGGUGGGAAUAUGUUUGCACCUCGGUCCCUGAUAGUGAGGAGGACAGGGAGUGGAAGGCUUUGUUACGAAAAUAUAUGCCCGAUCAUAGCACCGCACGUGAAUUCUGGCUGGAUUAUUAUUAUCUUUGUAGGAACCCAAAAAGUGAAAGAGCAAUGAAGUUCAUGGAGGAAACAAGGAGUGAGCCCCGCUAG